UGUUCCAUAAACUGCCUCGACCAUACUUCCAACUGACUCGGUUACACCAGCAGGUUGACUCGUCUAACGACGCCCAGUGUUACGUUAACAGCACCGAUGACUACGCCGGGCGGAAUGGCGGACCCCGAGUGCAGCGGCUAGCGCUAACGCUAGCACGCCGAGUUGCAAACUUGCGACACCAAUCCGACGCUAGCUAGCGGACGACGAGAAGUUGGUAACGUUGAUGAUGUUGUCAGUCGGAGCCGCCGAGUGUAAAAGCUCAAAGAAAUCUCCCGGGAGCUCCCAGGCUAUGUUGGGAGCACAGGAUAAGCCAAAGGAAGCCUAAGCCAAGCUGAUUUAGAGCCUGAGCUUUCAUCUGAAGUUCCAAUCGAAAGAAAGGAAGGUGACUGAAGAAGAGAGAUGAGCUCACCUUUCACUUUGAAGCCCCCCUCCCCCUGUCAGGGGCAACAGUGGGGGUCCCCGGAGUGUGUGUUUGAGAGGCAGCGUGAGUGUGUUGGAGGGGUUUCGGCAUGGAAGCGUUGGCGCUGUAUACGUUCCGUGCCACUGAGGGCGAUGAACUCAGUUUCAACAAAGGAGACUUGCUCAAGAUCACCAACAUGGAGGACGAUCCCAACUGGUACACAGCUGAGCUCCACAACAGAAAAGGCUUUGUGCCAAAGAACUACAUCAACCUGCGGCCACACGCCUGGUUCGCCGGCCGCAUAUCUCGCGGUGUUGCAGAAAGUCGACUCAGACACAGGGAGUGUGGAGCUUUUCUGGCCAGAGAGAGUGAAAGCGCUCCCGGAGAGUUCUCCUUGUCCGUCAGUUAUGGGGACCAUGUUCAGCAUUUCAAGGUGCUGCAGGACCGCAGUAAUCAGUACUACGUGUGGGACGAGCUCUUCUCCUCCCUCAACGAGCUGGUGGAGUUCUACCAUAGCAACAGCAUCGCUAAGGAGAGGAACGUCUUUCUGAGAGACCCCGAGCACUUCGCCAGGCGUCCCCAUCACGCCCACGCUCUCUUCGACUUCUCCCCCCACCACCCGUCCCAGCUGCGCUUCCUGCGUGGUGAUGUCAUCGAACUCAUUGACUGCUCCGAUUCGGUGCGCUGGAGGGGCCGUUGCCAUGGGCACGUGGGCUACUUCCCGCCGGAGUACGUCCAGCCCAUUUUCCACUGCCAAUGAACUGGUGCGUCAAUCAAACACAGAGCAAUUAGGGUGCUCCGACGAGCCAUCUUGACCCCACCCCUCACAGCGAUCCCCUGCUCUGCACUCGCCCGAGAAUUUCUGGAGCAGACGACUGAUGAGCUGCUGCUGAACUGCUCGCAUGUAACUGACUCCUCCCAUUUCCCCCAUGACGUCACGUGUCCGUCACAAGCCUCGUCCUAUCGGUUGCAACAGCCUCAUCAAUUGCUCUCACCAGACCCCACUUCUCUUUAAUCAGACAUGGACCUAUACACUGUGGAAAAUUCUGAGACUAAUAUACACACAUUCAAACAAACACACACCCAGGCAUAGUCAUUUAUUACAGCUUAUGAGCGCUGUUGCAGACUAAAUAAUAGCAACACACACACACACUAACCUGAUGAUAAAGAAUGAAGAGUGCGUGAGUGUGUGUGGCCCUUAGGAACCUGUGGAGGAGGGUCAGGGUUUUCUCCGCUGCAGAUGAGUCAGGAUUUGCUCCAGCACCUUGCAGCUCUACCCACAAGGAUCCGGUGAGCUGAGCAGAGAGAAACAGAGUCAUUGUGUUGUAAAUAUGUGAGUGUCUGUGUGUGUGUGUGUGUGUGUGUGUGUGUGUGUGUGUGUGUGAGAAUGUGUGGAGGACAUGUUAACCUGCAAACUGGUAUAUAAGUGUAUGUUUAUUCGGUGACAGUGGGAAUACAUAGGAGUUUGAGGAUGCUGGUUAUGACUGUGUGUGUGUGUGUGUGUGUGUGAGGGCGUGCGUGCGUGCGUGCGCAGCCCUGUGCUCUGUGGACCAGUAAAGGAGGUUACUGUUUCCCAGUGACCAGUGAGUUGUUUGCUGCCCAAACUCCAUUUAGUUUUUUUUUUUGUUUUGUAAAAUUCACAGCCUAAAAUAUAAAACUCUUUUUUGAUGGAUCAUUUAUUUUUGCUCCUCUGUAUUUAUUCUUCUUCAUGUGAAAUCUUACAAUACAUAUAUUACAUGUAAGAUUGUUAAACAUUGUAUAAAGCUUUUUUUGUUUCUGUUGCAACAGAUAGUUUAAGAAAACCACAUUUUACGUGACUAACAUUGAGAACUAUAGGACCAGUCUUCCUAACCUGUACUGACAAAAUAUUUCAAUAAAGUGACACAUUGAUCUCUUUGAACUUGAA